UAGUUCUAGAAGGCCCCUGCAAAUAUCAUUUAGUCAAAUUGUGCAGUCGCAAUAAUUAGUCUGAUGAUUGAGCAGAAGAGAAGGUAAACAAAGAACAGGUUAUCUCUAAUUUAUUGUAUGAUCCAUUACAUAAAAUCAAACAAGACAGGGUUUGAUUGGCAUCUUCAACAGAUUAGCAAAUUAUAAAACACACACACAAAAAAAAACACGAGUGCAUUUCUGCGAAAUACAUAAGUGGUCAGUAGCUGGUUUGCAUUUUAAUCAUCAAUCUGCUGGUUCGGUUUUUGAUGACCUGUUCAGCUCCCCUCACUGUCCUGUGCAGGGCCCCAAUUGCCAUUGAACUUAAUGUUGGGAAGCAGCAGGUGGACUUAAUUUCCUCCAUGGUUCAGCAGAAUGUGUUGACGGAUCUUUGCCUUACAACCACAUCCAUCAUCCUUCCGACACAACAGCCUAAUCCAACCUUCAACUGGCACUUCUCAAGGCCGCGGUGAUAACCUCUCCUCCUUUUUGUCCCAUACACUUCUGUGUAAAUCAUCCUCAAUAACAGCCAGUUACGCCUCCUUACGUCUAAUGACAUAGCUACACAGUCUGCGAAUGCAUGAUGAACAAAUGUCUCCCUCUCCACUUCUGAUCUUCUUGCCCUCUAUCCAUUCAGCCGGCCGAAGACAAGGAGCUUUUUGUACAGAAUGGGGAAUCACAGGACUCACAUGCUUCAGUAAGGAGAAACUGAGAGAUCGCUGCAGAUGAUAGACUUCCUCAGAAGAGAAGAAGACUGGCGAGGAACAGGCUGGAGUCAGAUUUGGAGCUGGACAAGGUAACUCACAACCGCUUGAACCGAGCUGGACUGGGCUCAGAAGGACUACCUGAAGAUGGAGAAUGAUGGGACAGAAGCCGAGGAGAAGGUUGAGGAUCUGCCCGAAGAUACAACAGAAGGUGUGGAGGAAUGUCCCCAGGAGAUUUCUCAGGUGCAGGGCCUGAUGGUGGAGCUGCGCGAGGGGCUCCGCGCGGCCGUGGCCGAGCUGGGCGAGCUGCGUCAGAGGGACCACGUUUUGGAGGAGAAGCUCCAAGCACAUCAGACUGAAGUGGAUGAUAAGAUAAUGGGCCUCAAGAACUCGCUCAACACAUUUAAGGAGGAGCUGAAUGUGGCGUUGUUCCACAUUAGAGAUAUGUCCAACAGACAAAGGGAGGCGCAGAGGAGGAUGGAGCUGCUGCAGAUCGAAAGCAACAAGGAUAUAAUCCCCCUUCCACACAGGUCCAGCAGCAGGAAGAGCUCCAGGUCAGACGUGCUGGCAUCGUCCGGGGACGAGCACAUCUGCACACCCAGCCAAUCAGAGCUCAGCGUUUACCAGAGCUUUUUCCCGACUCCGCCUCAGGGCGAGUCUCCGCAGAGGAGCAACACGUCUACACAAACCUCCACUUCUGACCAGGAGGCUCAGCAGCAGCAGAAAUCUCCGUCAUGGGGAGAGAAGACGAACAACAGAGACCAGAUGGAAACCUCCAACAAUAAGACUAAAAACAAUAAGCGACAACGGGCCGCGCUGGAGCUGCUGGAGUCGGAGAGAAUCUACGUGUCCCAUCUGUCUCUGCUACUGAAGGCCAACAUCUCCUUCAACGGAUCCGAAGCUCCGACUACGAAGGACAAACGUCCUUUCCCCAGCUCCUUAAGGUUUCUGAUCCAGCAGCACCUGGAGCUCCUUCAUACUCUGCAGGAGCGCGUGCUCAGGUGUCAGUGGCAAGGCAUCAUGGGAGAUGUGUUCAUGAGGCUCACCAGCAAAGAGAGUGAUUUCCUGGACUUCUACAUCUCCUACCUGAAAGAGCUUCCAGAUUGUCUGUCCGUUGUCACCAUGCUGGCAUCCAGCUCCAUGAAGUCCGCUGCUUUUGUGGAUUGUGAUGUUCUGGGGGAUGAAUCCAGACCUUCGCUUUACACCCUGCUCCUCCAGCCAGUCCAGAGGAUCCCAGAAUAUCUGCUGCUGUUACAGGGCCUGCUCAGACAGACAGAGGCAGAUCACCCAGACUACUACCUGCUGCUGGUCUGCGUCCAGCAGUUCAGGUCCUUCACAGCGCAGUACCACCACCUCCUUCAGCACAACCAGGAGCUCCUGCUGCUCAACCGCAAGGAGGUGCAGAGCAGGCCCAACAUGAAGCAGCUGUUAAAAACGGUGGAGGGAGGGAUUCAAACUAACAACAUUGGUUCACCUUAUCCUGGCAGUAAUUCAAUACUGGAACAUGCUAACAUGGUGAAGCGCCGGAAGCAGUGUCUCCUGGAGCAGAUUCAGUCCCACCGCUUCCAGGAUUGGGCUCACAGUCAAGAUGCACAGAGUCACUGCUAUAACACAGAGUGGCCAUCCCAGGUGCCGUUCUUCGGCCACAAUCUGGACUCCCGGAAUCCAAAACAAACGGGUCUUGGCAGUAUCCCAGAAAGCGAGAUGUCCGAGAGGUCACGUCAGCACAAUCAGGUGCCCACCAGACCGGCUGAAUUUCGUCAGGUUCAGCCUGGCUCGGCUCUGGCUGAUGCCCUCGGGGAGUUCCUCCUUCCUCCUGACCCUCCAGGGAUGGAGAGUCUCUAUGACGAAGAUGGAGUCUCCCUUCAUGACACAUCUCUGUUCGACCACUGUUCAUCAGGGUCCUCGGACUCCUCCAUCGACAUCGCCUUUGUGAAAUGCCCCAAAGUCCCCCAGGGAUCCCAUCAUGCGGUGGCAACCAAUGUGCCGACAAACAGAGAUGUCUUUGGCAACGGAGGAAGCCCAGGUAAUGGUUACAGCAAACUGCCCAACCGGGGUUGUGUGUCACCAGAUGAAGCUGUAAUAACAAGACACAAUCUCCAUCGGCCACUUCAAGCCAGCCAGCAUAAGAGUAAGUCACUGAAUGGCCUGCAGAUGGAGAACACAGUGAGUGGUCUGGAUGUGGGACCACUUUCAGACCACCUCCAGAGAGUGGGACUGGGCAGCCAUGCCAAGCUGGAGCGUCAGGGCAGUAAGGGCAGUAAAUGUUCCACCCCGUCGCAUAAAGUCCACAGUCCCCUGGCGAACACGGACAAACAGAGUUCAGAUCUUCACGGACUGCUCAAUAUUGACUCAGGCAUCCAGUCAUGGGCUGACGAGUCAAAGUGGAGGAGCACAGCAGAGGAAAAUAAUCACACCCCCUUCAGCGAGAGGAGUCGCAAGGACAAGGGAGGCUUCAGGAGCUCAUUCAAGAAGCUCUUCAAAAAGAAGACUGCUGAUGAGAAGAAGGAGAAGGGAGGAGAAAAGACACCAGAAAAUCAAAACGGUGAACAUGAAACGUCAAUGAAAACUCCCAAACUGGUUCACCUGGAGAUAAACCGCGGCACAGCUGUAUAAUUUCUGCUUAGUGGGUAUUUCACCGUUUUGUAAAAAAACAUUGUAUGAGCUACGCAGCAACUUUCCACAAAUUGAAACGUGUUUUUUUUUUUUUCUGUCCUACCCCCAAGCCUUCAAACUGAAGGAAAGCACUAGUUCAAAUACCAGCUGUAUUUUUAUUAUUUAAACAAAACCACAAAAUAUGCUAAAUUCAACUGUUUUAAAUUCUUUGCAACAUUGAAGAUUGAUUUAAUAGCGUCAAAAUGACAAGAUGUAAAUUUGCUUUCAGUCAGCUUGCGCUUUCAUCCCACGAUUGUAAUCAAUUACAAUUUUCUUUUGUUGCUUUUCUUUUUGUCCAACUAACCCAUUCAUGCCAGUUUCAGCCUUUUAAUCAAUAAGUUGUUUUUUUCUUUUUUACUCAAGACUAUAAAUUCCAGACAUGACUCCUCUGUUCAUCUUAGUUACGCUAUAUUCAGAAUUACCGCAAUAUACUUCCGCAAUAUACUUAUACAAUGUAACAGAUACAUUGUAUCUGUUACAUUGUAAUGCCGUUGUAACAGAUACAAUGUUUAUGUUUGUAUGGGCUUACAAUGCUUAUUUAAAUACACCAUGUAGAAAUUACAAUGUUCUUUGUGUUUUUCCUGCACUAGAUUUAUCUUGAGAGAAAUAACCUCCAUCAAAGUUUUCACUGGCUAUUUUUCUGGUGUAUCAGCUGGUCUCUGAAUUAUUGUAACACUAAAAGAUGCUAACAUCUAUUAACACUUUGCAACCUGAAACUCUUCAGAUUUCAGAAAACAAAUGUUUUCAUAAUCCUUGAACUUUUGCCUACUUUGUUUCGUUAUAACCAUAAACUUUAAUGUAUUUUAGCAGGAUUUAAUGUGGUAUACAAGUGACUGUAAACAACAACAAAAAAAAGAAAAAAAGUUUUAAGUUAAGCAAACAAAUAAUUAAAAAAAAAUCUCAAAAGUGUGGGCAACUUUAUCCCUGAUAACACAUUGCUGUGUUCAAAAUGUUAAAACGCACAAAUACUUCUGCAGUAUUUUAAGGCAGCGCAAAUGAACAAAGCACAAGACACCCGGAAGCUUCAGUUCCUUCUUUUUAAUGUGUUAACCUGUCAUCUCAUAAAUCUGUUACACUUCUGAAACAAAAUAUAGGCAAUUAUACAGUAUGUAAAACAAACCCAUUUUUAUUUUACACUAUUUACACUUUAUAACGUUUGCAUUGCAUUAUGAAAACAAAACAAAAACAAGAAGUGAUGCGACGGCAACAGAGGAGACGUCACCUGCUGUGUUUUUUUUUUUUUUGCUCAACAUCGGAAAGGAGACGAGGAUCACACGGCGUUUGGGGAAAAACUUGAAAUACUUAACACUGAUCAGCUAAUGAGCAGCAGACAGGUAACGCUUCCAAAGAACGAAAUCCCCAGGCGAUGAUAUUUAUGCCACUUAGAUCUUUUUUCAUCCAGAAAAUUCACACAUCUGGUACGCAAAACAUCUUUAAAAGCAGAUCAAUUCUACAGGAUACUUGACUCAAGUUGAGCAGAUGCUGUUUGAAGAUUUCACCUGGUCUCAGCAUUUAUCGAGUCGUUCAUAAGAGGGAGGAAGCCAGGAAACGGCAUGUAAUCGAACAUGAACUCUUGAUGGACAUUUUCCCGUGUCUGUUACGGUUAAAAGUCACAAAAAGAAAAAA